AGAGCACUGACAAAUGACAUAAAAGCAACAAUUUCCACUGAAGUAGUAAUCAGUGUUGAUCUGUGUACAUUGUGAUUUAGCAAAGAAGUCAAUAAAGCAAAAUUUACUCGCCGUAACCAUAAUAAAAUCGAGAUAUCCAUCAAAUAUUAACAAUCGAAUGGUUGCAGGGAUACAAAAUCGUCAACAAACAAUGGCUGUCAGCGGCUUAUUGGUAGUUACCCGGUUAUCAAAAAUAGCAAUCAGUUUAUCAGCCGCACGACGAUACGUUCAAAAAACGCUAUUCAUUCAGCUGUAUUCGAAAGAAUAUCAAAAUCGAUCAGCCCCAUCCUUUAGUCGAGCAAUAAAUACGAUUUAUUCCUCGUCAGUGAAAUGGUGCGGAGACCUGGACGUUCGUGUCAUCACCAACAAUCUGAAACCGAAUAAUACGAAGAAACUGACCGACAAGUUUGAAGUUCUCCUUUUCGAUAAUUGUUUUUCACCCAGCGAAACCAUCACCAUGUCCAAUAUAUUCCAAACAAAGGAAGUGAUAAGGUUGCUCGAGGAAGAGCCAGCUGAUAUUGAAAAUGCGGAUUUUGUGAGUGAUGCUGACGCGGAUAAUGUCGAGACAUACGAAAAUGUUGUUCUGGGUGGAACAUUCGAUCGGCUGCAUGUUGGCCACAAAAUUCUACUCACUGAAGCAGUUUUGCGGGCUAGAAAAAGAGUUGUUGUCGGCGUAACGGAUGACAAUAUGGUUAAGACAAAGACACUGCCCGAAUUGAUUCAGUCGGUUGAUAAACGAAUCGAAGACGUGAAACAAUUUCUGAAUUCCAUCGAUAAAACUCUCAUCUAUGAAGUGGUUCCCAUAUCUGAUCCGUUUGGUCCAACGAAGAGUGAUCCCGAUUUAGACCUCAUAAUUGUCAGUGCUGAAACUAUGCGAGGUGGUGAAAAGGUAAACGAAAUACGACGAAGUACAGGCUUGCAAGAACUGAAGAUCCAUUGCAUUGACUUGGUGGAGUUCGAACCGGACACAGAUGUCAAAGAAGCGAAAGUCAGUUCUACUAACACCCGACUAGAUCUUUUAGGAACGAGAAUCCAUCAACCACGCGAACAUUCCCAAUUACCGUUGAAACCGUACACCAUCGGAGUGGUGGGAUCUAUUGCGUCCGGUAAGAGUGUCAUGACUAAGCGAUUGGAAAAGUUUGGAGCGAAGAUAAUCGAUUGCGACAAACUGGCACAUGAACUGUAUGAACCCGGCGAAGUGUGCUACGAUGAAAUAGUCACUACAUUCGGAGAGAGUAUAUUAUCAGAUGAUGGUCGAAUCGAUCGGAAAAAGUUGGGGGCGAUUGUAUUUAGUAAAGCAGAAUUGCUGGAAAAGCUGAAUGGAAUAGUCUGGCCAUCGUUACUCAAACUCUUGAAGAGCAGAAUACAGAAGAUUUACGAAGAAGAAAUGUGCCCGGUGAUUGUAGUCGAAGCGGCCGUUUUAUUGAAAGCUGGAUGGAAGGAUGAAUUUCAUGAAAUUUGGGGAAUCAUCGUUUCGAAGGAGGAGGCGAUAUCGAGAUUAAUGGAACGAAAUGGAUUGAGUCAUGACGAAGCGGAAAAACGAUGGCAAGCUGGAAUUGAUAAUUAUACCGUGGUACAAAAUGCAGAUGUAGUUUUCGCCACGCAAUGGAAACAUGAAUUCACGCAAGUUCAAGCGGAUAGAGCAUGGACUAUGCUGACGGAACAUUUGAUAAAAUUGGAAAAAGCCAACCGUUAAUAUAAUGUUUUCUGUUGGACUAGUAACGGUGAAGUGGUACAUGGGAACUUUAUGAUUUAUUUUUGUUGUACAAUAAAUUUUCUUAACAAAA